AUGAUGGCAGGUAGAAUGAAAGACACUGAUACACAUGAUGCCUUCUACCUACUCACCAGAUGUGCAAAUGUGAACUUUGCUCGAAGAAACACAUGUAACAGGUGUGGCAGAGAUCGUAGUGGGUCAGGAGCGGCGGCGGCGGCGGCGGCAGCAGCAGCAGAAAAGAAACGUCAACUUGGAGUAGAAAUUGGCAAAGCUGCAGCAGAGAAGUCACAUGGUCUGUUUAGUGCCGAUGACUGGCAGUGUAGCAAGUGUGGCAAUGUCAACUGGGCUCGACGACAGACCUGCAACAUGUGCAAUGCUCCCAAGUUUGGAGACCUGGAGGAGCGCACAGGUUACGGAGGAGGAUUUAACGAGAGGGAGGGAGUGGAGUACAUCCAUCGUGAAGAAUCCGAUGACGAGUUUGAUGAAUUUGGACGGAAGAAGAAGAAAUUUAGGAAUAAAAACCAGCCUCCAUAUGAAACAAAGAAGGUUAGUGUUUAUGUACCUGCUUAUCCAUCCUAGAUUCAUAAUGUACCU